AUCCUUGGGGUUAGUCCUCUGAAGGACUCCCAUUCCGGUACCUGGUCUUUCUUAGGAGCCUUCAGCUCAGGACCCAGGUAGGGACAAUGUCCCCUGCCAUUGCACUGGCAUUCCUGCCACUCGUGGUAACACUGCUGGUGAGAUACCGGCACCAUUUCCGACUGCUGGUGCGUACAGUCCUGCUGAGAGGAUUUCGAGACUGCCUGUCAGGACUUCGGAUUGAGGAGCGGGCUUUCAGCUAUGUGCUCACCCAUGCCCUGCCUGGAGACCCUGGUCACAUCCUCACCACGCUUGACCAUUGGAGCAGCUGCUGCGAGUACCUGAGCCACAUGGGCCCUGUUAAAGGUCAGAUUCUGAUGCGGCUGGUGGAAGAGAAGGCCCCUGCUUGUGUGCUGGAGCUGGGCACAUACUGUGGAUACUCUACACUGCUUAUUGCGCGAGCCUUGCCCCCUGGAAGUCGCCUUCUCACUGUGGAGCGGGACUCACGUACAGCAGCAGUGGCUGAAAAAGUCAUCCGGCUGGCAGGCUUCGAUGAGCAAAUGGUGGAGCUCAUUGCAGGCAGCUCAGAGGAAGUGAUCCCACGCCUAAGAGCUCAGCACCAGCUGAAUCGUGCAGAUCUGGUGCUCCUGGCACACCGACCUCGGUAUUACUUAAGGGAUCUGCAGCUACUGGAGGCCCAUGCUCUGCUCCCACAUGGCGCCACUGUAUUGGCUGACCAUGUGCUUUUUCCUGGUGCACCCCGCUUCCUACAGUACACCAAGAGCUGUGGUCGCUAUCGCUGCCGCCUUCACCACACCAGCCUCCCAGACUUCCCUGCCAUUAAAGAUGGCAUAGCCCAACUCACCUAUACUGGACCCGGCUGAGGUCCAGGACCUGAGAUAUUUACUAAUACAAUUCCAACCCCAUUCAAGCAGACCUCAGAAUAUCUCGUUUCCCUCUCUGUCUUGUAUCCAACACAUGCUAUGGUCAGGCUGGGGAGGCAUUCUUUUCAACUUUGUCCCCCUCCAACCUCCAUAUUAAUCUGAAGUGUCAAAUUCUAUUAGCCUUUUUGGUCCUACAAGGUCCCCUCAUAGAAAAUCAGGAACUGGAAGCAAGAGGCUUGAGCUGUCAAUUUAGUUAUUGAUUGCUCCCUCCAAGUGAAUCUUUCCCUCCUCUGAGAUUCAGUUUACUCUUAACACUGAGACAGCUGGCUGAAGGGGCUGGAGAGAUAAUUCAACAGUUAAGAGCACUGCCAGACGCUCCCUACCUAAAGGACCUGGGUUCAAUUCCCAGCACUCACAUAGCACAGGCACACAUGUGAUAUACAUACAUACAGACAAAACACUUUUAAGCAUAACAUAAAUAAAUUAAAACAACAA